GCGCCCCCCAGGGCAUCCAGCCGCCCCGGCCCGGGGGCGGUGCCAGCCGAGGGCUCAGCCAGGGAGCGCGCGCGGGACCGUGGCGGUGGCGGCAGCAUGAAAGUGACCGUGUGCUUCGGCAGGACCCGGGUGGUCGUGCCGUGCGGAGACGGCAACAUGAAAGUUUUCAACCUCAUCCAGCAAGCAGUGACCCGCUAUCGGAAGGCCAUCGCCAAGGAUCCAAACUACUGGAUACAGGUGCAUCGACUGGAACAUGGAGAUGGUGGCAUAUUAGACUUGGAUGACAUCCUCUGUGACGUGGCAGAUGAUAAAGACAGACUGGUAGCUGUGUUUGAUGAGCAAGACCCACAUCAUGGAGGUGAUGGCACAAGUGCCAGCUCCACUGGCACCCAGAGCCCCGAGAUCUUUGGCAGUGAACUUGGCACCAACAAUGUGUCAGCCUUUCAGCCUUAUCAAGCAACAAGUGAAAUCGAGGUCACGCCUUCAGUCCUCCGUGCAAAUAUGCCUCUUCACGUCCGACGAAGCAGUGACCCAGCUUUAAUUGGCCUCUCAACUUCUGUCAGUGAUAAUAAUUUUUCCUCUGAAGAACCUUCACGGAAAAAUCCCACACGCUGGUCCACAACAGCUGGUUUCCUCAAACAAAACACUGCUGGCAGCCCCAAAACCUGUGAUAGGAAGAAAGAUGAAAACUACCGAAGCCUCCCACGGGAUACUAGCAACUGGUCUAACCAAUUUCAGAGAGACAAUGCACGCUCUUCUCUGAGUGCCAGCCAUCCAAUGGUGGACAAGUGGCUGGAGAAGCAAGAGCAGGAUGAAGAUGGGGCAGAAGAAGACAACAGUCGUGUUGAGCCAGUUGGACAUGCUGACACCGGUUUGGAGAAUAUACCCAACUUUUCUCUGGAUGAUAUGGUAAAGCUCGUACAAGUCCCCAACGAUGGCGGGCCUCUGGGAAUCCAUGUAGUGCCUUUCAGUGCUCGUGGCGGCAGAACCCUGGGGUUAUUAGUAAAACGACUGGAGAAAGGUGGUAAAGCUGAACAAGAAAACCUCUUUCAUGAGAAUGAUUGUAUUGUCAGGAUUAAUGAUGGCGACCUUCGGAAUAGAAGAUUUGAGCAAGCACAACAUAUGUUUCGCCAAGCCAUGCGUACACCCAUCAUUUGGUUCCAUGUGGUUCCUGCCGCAAAUAAAGAGCAGUAUGAACAACUCUCCCAAAGUGAGAAGAACAGUUACUAUUCCAGCCGCUUCAGCCCUGACAGCCAGUAUGUGGAUAACCGGAGUGUGGGCAGUGGAGGGCUUCACGGAGUCCCCCGAGUACCCAGACUGAACCAGCCACCUGAGCAAAUAGACUCUCACCCACGACUACCUCAUAGUGCAAACCCCGCUGGGAAACCGCCCUCAGCUCUGGCUCCAGCACCACAAAAUAUAUUUAAUACGAAUGUAAGCAGUGGUUAUAACACCAAAAAAAUAGGCAAGAGACUUAAUAUCCAGCUUAAGAAAGGCACAGAAGGUUUGGGAUUUAGCAUCACUUCCCGAGAUGUAACAAUAGGUGGCUCAGCUCCAAUUUAUGUGAAAAACAUUCUCCCAAGAGGGGCUGCCAUUCAAGAUGGAAGACUCAAAGCAGGGGACAGACUCAUAGAGGUAAACGGAGUGGAUUUAGCAGGCAAAUCCCAGGAGGAAGUCGUUUCUCUGCUGAGGAGCACGAAGAUGGAAGGGACAGUGAGCCUCCUGGUCUUUCGUCAGGAAGACGCCUUCCACCCGAGGGAACUGAAAGCAGAAGAUGAGGAUAUUGUUCUCACACCUGAUGGCACUCGGGAAUUUCUAACGUUUGAAGUUCCACUGAACGAUUCGGGAUCUGCAGGCCUUGGUGUCAGUGUCAAAGGGAACCGGUCUAAAGAGAACCAUGCAGAUUUGGGAAUCUUUGUCAAGUCCAUCAUUAACGGAGGAGCAGCAUCUAAAGAUGGGAGGUUGCGGGUGAAUGACCAACUGAUAGCAGUAAAUGGGGAGUCCCUGUUGGGCAAGACAAACCAAGAUGCUAUGGAAACCCUGAGAAGAUCCAUGUCUACUGAAGGAAACAAGCGUGGAAUGAUCCAGCUUAUCGUGGCGAGGCGAAUAAGCAAGUGCAAUGAGCUCAAGUCACCUGGGAGCCCCCCGGGACCUGAGUUGCCCAUUGAAACAGUGCUGGAUGACCGAGAACGGAGGAUUUCUCACUCUCUCUACAGUGGGAUUGAGGGGCUAGAUGAAUCACCCACAAGAAAUGCUGCCCUUAGCCGGAUAAUGGGUAAAUACCAGCUGUCCCCCACAGUGAAUAUGCCCCAGGAUGACACUGUCAUUAUAGAAGAUGACAGGUUACCAGUGCUUCCUCCACACCUCUCUGACCAGUCGUCUUCAAGCUCCCAUGAUGAUGUGGGAUUCGUGACAACAGACGCUGCUGCCGCGUGGGCUAAAGCUACAAUCACUGACUCUGCAGAUUGCUCCCUGAGCCCUGAUGUUGAUCCAGGUCUUGCUUUUCAACGAGAAGGAUUUGGACGCCAGAGUAUGUCAGAAAAACGCACAAAGCAAUUUUCAGAUGCCAGUCAAUUGGAUUUCGUAAAAACACGAAAAUCAAAAAGCAUGGAUUUAGGUAUAGCUGACGAGACUAAACUCAAUACAGUGGAUGACCAGAAAGCAGGUUCUCCCAGCAGAGAUGUAGGACCUUCACUCGGUCUGAAGAAGUCAAGCUCAUUGGAGAGUCUACAGACAGCCGUGGCUGAGGUGACUCUGAAUGGAGAUAUUCCUUUCCACCGCCCAAGGCCCAGAAUCAUCCGAGGAAGAGGGUGCAAUGAGAGCUUCAGAGCUGCGAUCGACAAGUCAUAUGAUAAACCUGCUGUCGAUGAUGAUGAUGAAGGCAUGGAGACCUUGGAAGAAGACACAGAAGAAAGCUCAAGGUCUGGACGAGAGUCUGUAUCCACUGCCAGUGACCAGCCCUCGCACUCCUUGGAGAGACAGAUGAACGGGAACCAAGAGAAAGGUGACAAGACUGACCGAAGAAAGGAUAAAACUGCCAAAGAUAAGAAGAAAGACAGAGACAAAGAAAAGGAGAAGAUUAAAGCCAAGAAGGGGAUGCUGAAGGGCCUGGGAGACAUGUUCAGGUUUGGCAAACAUCGAAAAGAUGACAAGAUUGAGAAAACGGGUAAAAUAAAAAUGCAGGAAGCCCUUACUUCAGAAGAGGAGAGGAUACGAAUGAAGCAGGAGCGGGAGAGAAUUCAAGCCAAAACUCGCGAAUUUAGAGAGCGGCAAGCUCGGGAGCGUGACUAUGCUGAAAUCCAGGACUUUCAUCGGACCUUUGGCUGUGAAGAUGAAUUGAUAUUUGGGGGAAUGUCUUCGUAUGAAGGUUCCCUGGCCCUCAACACCAGACCCCAGAGCCCACGAGAAGGACAUAUGAUGGAUGCUUUGUACGCCCAAGUGAAGAAGCCCCGGAACUCCAAACCUUCACCUGUAGACAGCAGCAGAUCGACUCCCAGCAAUCAUGAUCGGAUACAGCGACUGAGGCAGGAAUUUCAACAAGCAAAACAGGAUGAAGAUGUAGAAGAUCGGCGACGUACAUAUAGCUUUGAACAACCCUGGCCAAACUCCAAGCCGUACACACAAAGCGGCAGGCACUCGGUGUCCGUCGAGGUCCAGAUGCAGCGGCAGCGGCAGGAGGAACGGGAGAGCUUUCAGCAAGCCCAGCGCCAGUACAGCUCUCUGCCUCGGCAAAGCAGGAAAAAUGCCAGUUCUGUCUCCCAGGAUUCUUGGGAGCAGAACUACUCCCCUGGAGAAGGCUUCCAGAGUGCCAAGGAGAACCCCCGGUACUCCAGCUACCAAGGCUCGAGGAACGGCUACAUGGGUGGGCACGGCUUCAACGCCAGAGUGAUGCUCGAGACCCAGGAGCUCCUGCGCCAGGAGCAGAGGCGAAAGGAGCAACAGAUGAAGAAGAAGCCUCCACCCGAGGGGUCCAGCAACUAUGACUCGUAUAAGAAAGCCCAGGACCCCAACUACACCCCUCCUAAGGGGCCCUUCCGGCAGGAUGUGCCCCCCUCCCCGUCUCAGGUUGCCAGGCUGAACAGACUGCAGACUCCUGAGAAGGGGAGGCCCUUUUAUUCCUGAGCAGGAGAAGAUCAGAGAGGCUUCAUGUCAUGCAAUAGAGGACAUUUUCCUAUGAAAA